AUGUUCAAUCGCAAAGACUUCCCGUCUGUUCCGAAUCCUUUUGCGUCGAGGCCCGAUCCGGGGCGUCCCUCCCCGCAGGAUACUCGAAUCCUAACCAAGCGCCACCGAGCUUCCACUAGAGGAUAUGGAGGCCCACCACCCGGUGGCCGCCCUGCGCAACCUUUUCCAACCCGUUCAGCCGGUGGAGGUCGCCCGGGAGGCCAGACUUGGACCCUCUACCCGAGCAAAAGCCCUAACGAGAACUUUACAUUCGGUAACCUUGUGGCGGUUUCACCACAGGAUAUCCCGCCGAGCCGCGAUGGCACCGACAUAUUCCUCCUCAUCAAUGACCUUUACGUCUUCUCUGCUCGCCCGCUAGAGGGCUUCCCUCCAGGCUAUAUUAGCAUGUCGGACCCUCAGCGCACAUGGGCUAACAUUGGAUUGCGAGAUGCGAUCAAGGUUCAGACUUAUGAUCCAUUUAGCCAGUCCGGUCAGCCAUACCUUGGAUCCGCGGAUGUUGAAGUCAGCUUCGCAUCCGCCAAGAAACGAGUAGAAACGCCGUAUGACCAGGAUGAACUCGCCUCUGCUGUUAUCAAGAACUUUGAGAACCAACUUAUUGCUCCCGGUCAACGGAUUCUGAUGGAUCAUAGAUCUAUUCCCCUUCUUUUGGUAGUAAAGACUGUUCAACGUGUCGAUCUGACCUCUGAAAAGGCCGGCGCGUCUGGAGAAGUCGAGACUGAACCUACAGCUCGGGCUAUCAUCACUCGCCACACGCAGUUUAACUUCUUCAAAGAUUCUCAAACAGGCAUCAACGUGAAGGCUUCCAAUCGCCGCCCGGCGGCAAACUCGAUCAUUCAGCCUGGAUUCAAGUUUGCGGAUAUGGGAAUUGGUGGUCUGGAUUCUGAGUUCAGUACUAUCUUCCGCCGUGCCUUUGCAUCCCGUAUCUUCCCUCCUGGCCUCGUUGAGAAGCUUGGUAUUCAGCACGUCAGGGGUAUGCUUCUUUACGGACCGCCAGGUACUGGCAAAACCCUCAUUGCUCGACAAAUCGGAAAAAUGCUCAACGCUCGUGAGCCGAAGAUUAUCAACGGCCCCGAGGUCUUAAAUAAAUAUAUGUUUGCAGACGCCGAGAAGGAAUAUAAGGCGAAAGGUGAUGAAAGUGGUCUUCACAUCAUCAUUUUUGACGAACUGGACGCUGUGUGCAAACAGCGUGGUAGUGGCGCCGGUGGAGGUGGCACCGGUGUUGGUGACAGUGUCGUUAACCAGCUUUUGUCCAAGCUGGACGGUGUCGAGCAGCUCAACAACAUCCUGUUGAUUGGCAUGACUAACCGUAUGGACAUGAUCGAUGAGGCUUUGCUUCGUCCCGGCCGUUUGGAAGUUCACGUCGAGAUUUCCCUUCCUGAUGAGAAGGGCCGUGUUCAGAUUUUGAACAUUCAUACCGAAAAGAUGCGCAAGAACGACGUGAUGGACACCGAUGUGGAUCUCGACGAGCUCGCACACUUGACUAAGAACUUUUCUGGUGCUGAAAUUGCUGGUUUAGUCAAGGCCGCCUCAUCUUUUGCCUUCUCUCGCCAUGUGCAGGUCGGUACCAUGGCUAGCAUCGGUGACGAUGUGGUCAACAUGAAGGUUAACCGCAGCGAUUUCUUCCAUGCUCUUGAUGAAGUGAAGCCUGCCUUUGGUGUGUCUGAGGAGGAACUCUCCAGCCGUAUCCAAUAUGGUGUUAUCCACUACUCCCAGACUAUUAGCGAAAUCUUGCGGGAAGGUGAACUCUUCGUCAAGCAGGUUGGCCAAGCAGAGUCGACGCCACUCUUCUCUGUCCUUCUUCAUGGACCUACGGGCAGUGGCAAGACAGCAUUGGCUGCUCAGAUUGCCAUCAAUUCUGGAUUUCCGUUCAUCAAAUUGAUUAGCCCCGAGGACAUGGUUGGGUUCAGUGAGCCAGCGAAGAUACAGCACAUCAGCCGUAUCUUCGACAGUGCCUAUAAGUCGCAAACUAGUAUUAUCGUCGUCGAUAAUAUCGAGCGUAUCAUCGACUGGGUACCCAUCGGCCCUCGCUUUAGCAACAGUGUCCUGCAAGCACUGUUGGUGUUCCUGCGCAAGCAACCCACGCACGGACGUCGUCUCCUCGUCUUGGCAACGACCACCGAGCGUGCCUUGAUGAAGCAGCUAGACGUGUAUAAUUCAUUCAACUCCGAUAUCAUGGUCCCUAACGUGAACUCCUUCGGCGAGCUGCGACAUGUGAUGGACCAGUCUGGUGCUUUUGAACCUCAGGAAGUUGCACGGGCCUUGGAAAACAUUGGUGGGCUGGCAGAUGAUGGCCGAAUCAGCGUUGGUAUUAAGAAGGUCCUGCUUGGAAUAGAGACUGCCAAGCAAGACGAUGACAAGGUAGGCCGGUUUGUUCGUGUUAUCAACCGUGCCAUUGAGGAAGAACAAUCCUUUUCUUAG